AUGAAUGCUCGAAAGCCCAUUCAGCCGUCUGAUCAGCCACCUGUGUACAGUCUCGCCUUCUCCACAAGCAAAAAUCGCUUCAUCGCUGCCCUAGCUACUGGACUGAGGAGUUUCAGGACGGACAAUUGCCUGACCACACACCAACCUACCUUGUCGCAAUCGGAAAGCAUAACUUUGGUAGCACAACAUGAUGAUAGAUUCCUGGCGUAUGUUUAUGGUGGCGACAGCCGUGGUGGCAAACCAAGCGAGGUGAUCUUCUGGGAUGCGGAGGUGGGAUGUGAGGCCCAACGCUUCGACCUACAUGAGGACGUCUUGGGACUGAGGCUGGACGACAACUGGAUGAUAGUGAUCUUGCGUGAGCGAACGAUAGUCUUCCGGUAUGAAGAGUUACCACGUCCGCAACUGCCUACGCCACCACCUGAGCACGAAACCGACGACAUGAAACAUGCAAGCCCUUCGCCCUCGAAAGGACCAAACAUCGUCCAUGCGCUCUAUCCAACUUCUCCCAAUCCACACGCCCUGGCGAGUCUGCGGAACAACACCCUCAUCCUCCCAGCGGUCACUCCUGGGCAGGUGCAGAUAAUACCACUUCUCGGCGGCUCAAAACGUAUACUGCGAGCUCACAACGCAAGCAUCCGAGGCCUCGCCCUCUCCCCAGACAGUAGCCUCCUAGCCACAGCCAGCGAACAAGGCACUCUCAUCCGAGUCUACGACACAACAACCCUAAACCAGUUAGGCGAGUACCGCCGCGGCAGCGACAAAGCAGACAUCUUCUCCCUCGCCUUCUCGCCCGGAAAGAAAUGGCUGGCUGUGACAAGCGACAAAGGAACACUUCACCUCUUCGACCUCCGACCCUCCGCUAUCGUAGAUGAAGAAGGCCAGCAGAUCGGGACACGAUCUCAAUCCCACCGGAAAAGCAGUAGCUAUGCUUCUCACCGCCUAUCAGCUGGUAUGGCAGGCGCGAUUGACAAAGCCUCCUCCAAUUCCAGCGGCGAACGAGCAAACAGUAACCCGAUUGCACCAGGCACAGGCACGUACCAGGGUUCGGUACAAGAGUACUAUGGUCUCCGACCUAUACCUGCCUCCGCUUCGAGCCCUCCACGAGUCGGCAUUAGCGCCAUGGCCGCGCUGAAAGCUUCGCCUUUUGCUCUGAAACUUCUGAAAGAUGUCCGAAGCGUAGCCUCUGCAUCUUUCUUCAUGGGCGACGAGGGUGCUACCUGGCAAGGCCUACACCAACUCUCUAGACCUACUACUGGCGCGACAACAGGAGGGAAAGGUAAAGGUCGUGCACAAGCACCGGCUUUACCUGGUAAUCCUGCUGGUCGCCCGCCGAGAGGAGUCCUAGCUUUCGAUGCCACAGCAGACGGUGCGAACGAAGAGGAAGGUGCAAGGAUUUAUGUUAUCGGUGGUGGCCUGGAAGCGAGAUGGGAAUGCUUUGAGCUAGUACCUAGGGAAGGGCAAUUUGGCAUGGGAUGGGUUUUGGUUAAGAAAGGUUUCAGGCGGUUUCUGACACAGCAAUUCGUGGACUGA